AUGGGUAAGGUGGUGAGCCAGGAAGAAGCGAAGGUGGUCCAGGCCAGGAUACCCUCGGUCCUCGUGCCGCUCAUCAUCGUAGGUGCGGUAGCAUCGCGCUUCUUUGGCGCCAACAAGCGCAGCGGUUACACGGGCAAGUACGAUCCCAAGACGGGACUCGGUCGAGGUGCACCAGGUUUUCAGACGGGCGUCAAGCGUAUGGCGGUCACGCCGGAGAUCGCGGCACGGAUGCGAGCAGGAGAGCAAGUCUCUGCUGAGGAGAUUGAAGCAGCCAUUGCCAAGGCGCAGUCGCAGAGCGGAGCCAGUUCGACCGCUGUUCGCAAUCCGAAUGUCGAUCAAGACUGGCUGCCCCAAGGCAGAAGCAGUCCUGCGGGGAAGAAGGGCAGCAAGAGACGCUGA